AUGGGGCUUCGGCUGCGCAGGAGUGCCAGCUUCACCCCUGAGCACCCGGCCCUCCUGGAGCUGCCCAGCCCUGUCGCCCUGAGAGCAGAAGCCAAUGUGCUGGUGAUGGGAGCAGACAGCGUGGGGAAAUCAGCCCUGACUGUACGUUUCCUUACGAGGCGCUUUAUCGGGGAGUACGGAGACAUGGAAUUCAUCUACAGCCACACGGUGACCGUGGAUGGCCGAGAGGUUCUCUUCCACAUCUGGGAUGUCCCCAGCUCGCAGGACCAGGCUGAUGAUGGUUCCUCGGAGGAGAAACGAAUCCAGUGGGCAGACUGCUUCAUCCUGGUCUACAGCAUCUGCGACCGCGCCAGCUUCAACCUCCUGCCCCUCAAAGUGCAGUUCAUUAGGGCGGCCAAGGAGGGGCAGGAGCAGGUGCCCAUCGUCAUCGUGGGCAACAAGCGGGACCUGCAGCACCGGCGGGCUGUCUCCAGCGAGGAGGGACGGCUCCUGGCCCUGUCUCUGGACUGUGGUUUCUAUGAGGUCUCUGCAGCCGAGGCCUACCACGGGGCUCUCAUGGUGUUCCAUGGGCUGGCUGAGCGCAUCCCCGACACCAGGCUGAAAAGAGGUGCCGGCAUCCGAGGCAUCGUCAGGACUGUGUCAGCAGUGUUUGCCCGUAAGCGGACGGACUCGCUCUGAGCAGCGUCUUUGUUUCUUGUUGCGUAGCUGGAUGAGGCCUCCUGUGUUCUGUGCAGAUUGGAUGUGUUCCAGGAGAGCGGCAGGUUCUCCAAACCCCAGGAUCUGGGUCUCUGGCUGUAUGUGACCAGCAAGGCAAGGGCCUUCCUCUGCUCAGCCCUCAGCUCUUGGCUCUGUUGUUGUCUGCAGCAUCCCCAGCUCCUUCUGUGGGCUAGCAGGGAGGACAUGCAGCUAUGUCCUGCUCCGUGUCCCUGUUGUCACCCUGGCAUCCUGGCCGUGCCAGUACUGAGCCUGGAGGACAGCAGGCAGAGUCCUUCACCCUCCAUCCCAUUGCAUCUCAUCCUCUCCCACCCCAUCUCAUCCUAUGUGACUCCAAGCAGUACUGUGCUGCUGACCUCCCUCCUGCAGCCUUUUGGUGACAGCCCAGGCUCAGCAUGGGAAAGUCAGGCACUGGGCUUUUUCCCAGGGUGUGGGACUGUACCGUGUGUCUCAUAAAUGCAGACCUCUGAGCCUGCCUGUCCCUGGGGAGGAAGGGGAGGGAGGAGGGGGGCAGGGAGGCCUUUCCCCUUCUCUGCUGUUCCUGGGAAUGCAGUGUGUAGGAAGGAGGUUGUGUAUGUGUAGUGCAGACAGAGAUUGCUCUGCACUGUUCUGCAAAUGGAAUAA